ACGGGGGGUAACGCAGAGUAACGCGGCGCGUUCUCCCGCAGGGCACCAUGGUGAAGGAGACGGAGUACUACGAUAUCCUGCAGGUGAAGCCUAAUGCCUCCUCCGAGGAGAUCAAGCGCGCCUACCGCAAGCUGGCGCUGAAGUACCACCCCGACAAGAACCCCAGCGAGGGCGAGCGGUUUAAACUCAUAUCCCAGGCUUAUGAAGUUCUGUCGGACCCAAAGAAAAGGGACCUCUAUGACCAGGGUGGGGAGCAGGCUAUUAAAGAAGGAGGCCUGAGUGGCGGCAGCUUCUCUUCACCCAUGGACAUCUUUGACAUGUUCUUUGGUGGUGGAGGCCGAAUGAAUAGAGAGAGAAGAGGCAAAAAUGUUGUGCACCAGUUAGGUGUAUCUCUUGAAGACUUAUAUAAUGGUAUUACAAGGAAACUGGCACUGCAAAAGAAUGUUAUUUGUGGAAAGUGUGAAGGUUAUGGCGGAAAGAGAGGGGCAGUAGAAAAGUGCCCUGUGUGUAAAGGAAGAGGAAUGCAAGUUCUGGUUCAGCAGAUUGGACCUGGCAUGGUACAACAAAUACAAACUGUGUGUCCAGAAUGCAAAGGCCAAGGUGAAAGAAUAAAUCCGAAGGACAGGUGUGACAACUGCAAUGGCUGUAAGGUUGUAAGAGAGAAAAAGAUCAUAGAAGUCCAUGUUGAUAAAGGUAUGAAAGAUGGUCAGAGGAUAGUAUUUCAUGGAGAAGGUGACCAGGAGCCUGAUCUGGAGCCUGGUGAUGUUAUAAUUGUGCUUGAUCAAAAGGAUCACAGUGUCUUUCAGAGGCGAGGGCAUGACUUAAUCACAAAAAUGAGAAUUCAACUCUCGGAGGCUCUAUGUGGUUUCAGAAAGACCAUUGAAACUCUGGAUAACAGAGUUCUUGUCAUAUCAUCUAGGCCAGGUGAGGUGAUAAAACAUGGUGACCUAAAGUGUAUCUACAACGAAGGGAUGCCUGUCUACAAAUCUCCAAUGGACAAAGGCAGCUUAAUUAUACAAUUUUUGGUCCAGUUCCCAGAGCACUACUGGCUCCCAAGGGAGAAACUGUGUCUGCUGGAGGCUCUGCUGCCUCCACGAGAAGAUGUUAUGAUUACAGAUGAGAUGGAUCAGGUAGACCUUGAAGAUUUUGACCCAAGUGAGCAAACCUACCGUAACAGUGGGGGAGAAGCAUAUGAAGAAGAUGAGGAGGGUCCAAGAACAGGAGUACAAUGUCAGACAUCUUAAAGCAAGGUGGAAUGGAUGUCAUCUAAAAUGUAAAUUUUCACAAUGAAAACUGCAUGGCUGUAAUAGCCACUGCUUGUGGUUUUUGUGUUCAGCAAAUUGAGUUGCUGCGCUGUCAGUAUCACCUUUUUGUAACUAAUUUAUAUUGUGUUCUUGUAGUCUUUAUAUAUAAAGCAAAUGUUACACAGCUGAGAACCAACUGAGUUGGUAUACAUUUUCCUUUGCUGUGAAGGUUCUCAAUUUAUUUCACCUAUGCUAUUUAUAUAAGACUGGCAAUAUUGAUAGAGGCUAAGUGGAGUGUCUUAUGUAAAUACUUUCAUACUGGAAAAUUAAUUUCAUAGAAUAAAACUUAGCAGAAAUAACUUCUAAUAAAUAGAACUCUUCACACUUUA